AUGUGGAUUGCGAUGCAAAGCGCAAGAAAAUAUUCAUCUGGCCAGGUCAUCGUCGCAACGACUGCAGUCGACGUGGCUCACGCUUCGGAGCAACUGUCUCUCCUCUUAAGAUCUUGUCCUGCCUUGCCAGCAGAAACUGGUCUGCAACAACACAACAACAACAACCGCGCCAAAUACCAGCAACGAACAAUCCCCCGACUCUUCACACAGCACCUUCACACAACACAAACAAUCCUUGAUAUAUUUGCCAAGAUGCGUGUAAAUAUUUCAUCAAUCCCGCGCUCAACGAUCCUGAUCGAGGUCCUAGCAGAGGAGGACCGGUCUCUCUUCGACAAGCUCGACUUAACGGGCAUGAUCCGAGACAACUCGAAAUCCGACGCCCUCAGCUUUCACAUCAAGGCUUUCUUCGACCAACUCCCCCUCUUCCCUGACGAUUCGACCCCCUCUCCUCCCAAACCCUCCCCCAAGAAAGUGGCAUUUUCUUGCGACUCUCCUCACUACAAAUCACCCACCCCCUCCAAGCUACGCAAGAAAAAUAAACUGUUCGGCAUUCCCACAGUUCCUACAGUCAAAACCCACAAGCAAUACACUUGCCCCGAAGCCACCAACCCGUUGUCCAUCAUCUGGCCCGACAACAACAAUCCCCUCCCCACCGAUAGCCGCCAACCAACCUGCCACCCUCACAUCCGCCUCUCUUGCACUGACCCCUCGCCCUGGAUUACCCCCGACGAAAACCCUCCCACACCAUGCCACCACACUUCCUGGUACGCCGCAACAUCCACCCUCUCUCAGCAUGCCUCCAAGCUCCUAUCGUUAGCCUUCACCAAACAAAAUAUAACCACUCUCUCCGCCCCCAUGGCCAACCUAGCCGAAGCCAAAACCCUCGAGCUGAACAUCCUCCCCAAGCUCCACCUCGCGUACAGCCUCUACACCGCCCACGUCUUCAUCACCGGCCGCUUCAAAAAGUUCGUCAUCCACAUCUGUCGGCACUGCACCAGAUCCCUCACCCUGGCCAACAUCCAGAUCCUCGAACACAAGAAGCCGUGGACUCUGCUGGAACAUUGGCUCGAGAAGAUCAAAGUGGUAUACGAUGCUCUGAAUACAAUGCAUCUCUGGCUCUUCGUGGCGGCUAAAAAGCUGGACAAAGCAGUCAAAUAUCUCGCCGAGGCUGGCAAUGUGAGGAUGAAGGGGGGGGAUGGCAUGACGAGGGGGGAGAUGCUGCCUUUGUAUCGGUGUAUGAUUGAGGUUAGGGGGUGGAUCAGGAGGGAAGCGAUACAAGGUGUCAUGGAGGAUAAGGCGCGUGUCAAGGAGGUUGUGGGGAGGUUGAUGGGGGUUUUGCAUCCUUUGACGGGGUUGGGAUAUGACAAGGCUGUGGUGGAGGCGCUGGGGGGUUUGUGGAAGGUGGAGCAAGAGGAGAAAGAGGGUGAUGAGAAAGGGGAGGAAGGUAGUGAUGAGGAGAUGGCGGACGGCAGAGAGUUUGAGGAUCUUGAUGAUGGUGCUGACCAGGAUGAAGCUAACUCUGAUGAGGAGAUGAAGGAUGAUGAGACAGAUAUUGGCGAGGAUGAGAUUGCUGACGAGGGUAUCGAGGUCUCGAUGAGCAAUUCUGUGGAGGAUGAUUUGGGGGAGUUGAACGGUGAUUUGGAUGACGAUUUUGACAAGGAGAUGGAAGAGCAAAAGUUUGUGAUCCGCAAGGCAAUCUUGGAAGCUGCGGUCGAGGUUCGCUCGGUUUGUGAGACGUGGAGGAACCAUGCGGCUUUCAUUCAGGCUAUUGAAAGGGGACAGCUGAAUGACCACCAGGAUUAG